AGAAGGGGCGGACACGGGGAGGUGUCUCUGUCCCCAUAAAGGGACCUUUGGUGGCUGCGCGCUUCACACCAGGAGUGGUGGUGAGAGGCGCACGGUCGUGAUGCCCACGGUGUGCCUACUGAACCCGGUGCUGGCGGGCAGCGCUCUGCUUGCUGGUUUAGGGUUGUUGAAGUUGCUGAGCUCCAGCCCCGACGCGUAUGGCAAACAGGCUGAGCGCCUGUUGCCCUUGGCCACCCGGUUGCCAGCCCGCGCAGCUUGGUUCCUCCAGGAGCUCCCCUCUUUCGUGGUGCCCAUUGGGCUGCUCGCUUGGCAGCCCCACCCGCUCUUCGGCCCGCCGGGGACCUUACUGCUUGGCCUCUUCUGCGGACAUUACUUUCACAGGACAUUCAUUUAUGCCUUUCUCACCAGAGGAAGUCCCUUUCCACUCACAAUACUUUUUCCUGCCCUUGUCUUCUGUACUCUGAAUGGCUUCCUCCAAGGAUACUAUUUAAUUUACUGUGCUGAAUACCCUGAUGAAUGGUUCACUGAUGUCCGAUUUACUUCAGGUAUCCUCUUAUUUUUUUUGGGAAUGGCAAUCAAUAUUCACAGUGACUACUUGCUGCGUCAACUCAGAAAACCUGGAGAAAUCUCCUAUAAGAUUCCACAAGGAGGAUUAUUCACUUACAUAUCUGGAGCCAAUUAUUUUGGUGAGAUUGUGGAAUGGAUUGGCUAUGCCAUGGCAACCUGGUCCUUCCCAGGCUUGGCAUUUGCCUUUUUUUCAUCAUGUUUCCUUGGAAAACGAGCUUAUUACCAUCACAGGUUCUAUCUCAAGAAGUUUCAAGACUACCCUAAGUCUAGGAAAGCCUUGAUUCCUUUCAUAUUUUAAAAUCACAGACUAUAGAAAAGAAUGGAAGACUUUCAAGCUGCUGAACAUGACAAAUUCUGAGUUCCACUGUAAAUAAUAAUAAUAAUAAUGAAUAUGAUAGUUAGCAUUUAUACAGUACGUUAAACUUUGCAACGUGCUUUAUAAAUAUUAUCUCAUUUGAUCCCCACAACAACCCUGUAAGGUAGGUACUAUUAUUAUUCCCUUUUUUGCAGAUGAGUUAAUUGAAUCUGAGAGGGGUUAAGUAACAUUUGCUAAUUUGUGUCUUAGGAAGGAUUUCCAAAUUAAAUCUUCCUAAGUCUGUGUCUAGUCCUCUAGUCACUGUGUCAAAGCUGAUAUAGCUGAUAGCUUGAAUUCACUGAGCCCAACCUCUUAGUCUAAUAACUGGAGGCCUGGUUAUAUCUGAGCGGCAAACCUUUCCAUCUUGCUGGCUACACUCAGUAUCAAACAUUAACAUCACCAUAUCUCCUCAAAGCCCAAAUGAUGUUCUUUCCCAAGUGGGAACACUUCAAACCUCUUCCAAUGCAUUAAAACUCUCUUUUCCUCCCUAUCUCCCUUGUCUUCCCAUUACCUCUUCCCGUCUCUAUCUCUCUCUCCCUCUCCUUGCCCCCUCUCUUCUUCCCUUUCUCUCCUUCCCCUCCUUCUCUUUCCCUCUCCCCCCUCAUCUCUUCUACCUCCUUCACUCCCUCUCUCCUUCUCUCUCUUCCCCACUCUCUCCCUUCCUCUGCUUCUGUUUGUCUAUCUCUCUUCAGACAUAUAUACAUAUAUCUAUAUAAAUAUUUACACAUGCACACGUACAUAUGCAAUAGAUCCUCCUGAAAGCCCAGCUACAAAGACUUUUACUGGAUAUAAUCAAUAUUAACUAGCUAAAAUUGUCAGAGCUGAAAACAGUUGGAACUCAAGUGUCCUCUUACCCUCUCAUCAAAAAAGUGUAUGUGUAUGUAUGUGUGUAGGGAAUGGGGGAGAUCACUGCCUCUCAUUCUAUAUUACUUUAACACUUCAAAGAGAUGUAAUUUCAGUGAUUUUGGUAUGCUUUCCAUUAAUGGAGAUCAAUGCUCCUUUAUGAAUUAGUAGUUUAUCAUCAUAGGUUGCUUUUAGAGAGGCAUUUUUGGCAUGGUGGAUGGUUUCUGAUCUUGAAAACAGGAAGAUCUGGGUUUGAAAUGUGCCUCUGAUGUUUCCUAGCUAUGUGACCAAUGGUAAGUCACUUAACCUCCAUGCCUCCAUUUCCUCAUCUGUUAAAUGAGGGAUUUAGACUAGAUGGUCUCUAUGGUCCUUUUCUGCUUAUUGGAGCAAUUGCCAGCUCUCCAAUGAUGAACCUCUCUGAAUUUACAAAGGCUGGUAGACUAUUACUUGGAGAAUGGGCAUGGCCUCUUCUACUGACAUGGCCUUGGGUGAUUGCAGAAUAAGGAUAGUGGUAGAAGUGAAAAAAAAAAAGAAGAAAUACUCAUGUCACAAUACAGAUAGUCUUUGAGCUUCCUCCCUCCUCAGCCUUCCUGCCAAAAUAUACUCAAAGAAACUUUUAAAGUAAGGUUUUGGGGGUUUGUUUCAUUGGAAACAAGACAAAGAAUUAAAGAGUAGGUCUGACAUGUCACUCUCCUCAAUUGCCUCCAUCAGAAAGAAAGGGAUUUAUGACAGUAAAGGGAAGUGGUGGGUGUUAUAGGGAUAACCAAAGGUGAUUGGUAUCCAUACUAUGAUAAGAAAUCUAUAGGAAGGGUCUAGGUAUCUUAGGGGUUUCCUCUGUGGAAAUUUUGUAGAAGUAUGUGAACAAGGGUGAUGGCAUAAUGCAAGAAGAUAGUAGUUAGUUGUGAUCUCCUGGAGAUCCAAAAUGAUCUUUCUAAUUUCUCUGAAGAUGAUUAUGAAAACUGCUCUGCUCUACUUAAGGAAUACUUGGGAUGUUUAAUAGCUUUGUUAUUACCUUCAUUCCUGAUUAUACCUGCCCCUUCCAUCUAAUUAUAAUCGAGUCUUCCAUCUCUGCAAAGAAGGGUAGGAGGUCCUGCUUUACCCAUGUUGACUAUAAAGCAGAUUAUUUAAAAUUAUAGAACCUGUUUUCAUUCAUGAAUAUGAUUAGGAAUUUACUCUUUAUGUUAAGUCAGAGUUCUCCUCAUGACCUGGGAAUCUAUAUGAAUCAUCACAAAUUCAGCUGGAGAUUUCCACCUCUCACUCUUUCCAAACACAUGUGCACCAAUACACACAUACACAUAUGCACACACCAUUAUCAUGAUCUGUAGCUCAGACCUUAAUAACCUCCAGAAAUGAUCCCAAAGUACAGUUUGAAGGAAAUUAGUUAUUCCACUGAAAUAUUGGCUGCUUUACUGUAAUGUGGUAAAUAGCAUCAUGCACCAGACAGGAUGUUGGCUCAAGGCUCAGAAGUCAUAGGUUCUAGUUCUAGCUGUUUCUUCAUUAGUUGUAAGAUCUUGGGCAAAUUGCUGAAGCUCCUUGGGUCUCAGUUCCUUCAUGGAGGGAAAGGAAAGUUGGAGAGAUGAAGACAGAAAGAAAAACCAAUCAACCAACAAACAUUCAUUAAGCCAUAACUACGUGCCAGAAACACAAUGAGAGGCACUGUGGCAUUGUGAAUAGAGAGAUGGAUUUGGAGCUAGGAAGACCUCUGGCUGGGUAACUAGGCAAAAGUGUUACCCCCUUUGUGAUUUUGGCAACUCUCUAAGACUGUGGGUUGCAGAAGAUGUGCUGACCUGAAUUAGUAGGGAGUGUUUCCUUGUGGGGAAGUUCCCUGUACCAAUGAAAUCACAAGUCUAGUUCCUCUCUUUAUGCUUUAGACAUUGGGGAUAUGAAGACAUCCUACCUUAAAGGAUAUUAUAUUCUAUAGGGGAGAAAACAUGGGCACAAAUGAGUGUGACUUGCCUGCUCUGGCUAUCUCAAAGAGUUGUGAGGAUCAAAUGAACUGUUUUAUGUUAUUUGAUUGUGCAUUAUAAAUCACACAACUUAUUUUGGAUAAGGUAGGUAGAUGAUAAAAAUAAAGCCCAGUGAAAGCACUGAACAGAGGCUUUACUUUCCCCAGAUGACAAGCAGAAUCUCCUUAAGAAGGUGUGCAUUACCCAACUCUCCAAAGUAUUAAUUUAAAAAUCAAUGACUCUGAAUUGGGAAGGUCCUUAAGUGAUCAUGCAAUGCUAACUUCCUCUAGAAUAGAGGUUCUUCACCUUUUUUUAGGUCAUGAACCUCCUUCCAUGGUGACAUGAUGGUGAGUGAAGUCUAUGGAAAACUUUUCAGAGGGGUGUUUUUAAAUAAAAUAAACCCAUAGGACUACAAAGGAAGCUAGUUUUGUUGAUAUACAGUUAUCAAUAUACUUGUCAAAAGUUCAUGGAUCUCAGGUUUAGAACCUUUAAUCUAGAGUACCUUUUUGGAGAGGGGGCUCUAUAUGAUUUUCAAUAUUGGAGAGACUUGAAUUUUUACAGAAGGCAUUAAGUGCCCAUCAGCAGUUUCCAUGGAAAUCAGAAUUUCAGCAAAUGCCUGGCAUCCUUAUAAAUCUUUUUGAGAAAUGAAUGUGAAUCUGGGGGAAUCCAGUGCCCAGUUCAAGAACUCGGUCUACUAACAACACAGAGGACUUAGUGGACCUGGAAAAUGUGUUAUUUGUUGGAGAAAUGUCCAUGUAAAUACAGGUUUUGUUGUAUAAUAAAUGUCUCUCAAAGA